AAACGCAUGCGCAGAAUGACUGACAACAAUGGCGCGUCAUGUCGUCACGCGAAUAUCGUUUAGUCUGUGCAAUGUUUCUGUGUUGAGAUCGGUUGCGGAAAGAGCGAGUUUCGUGCGAAAUUCGGAGAUCAAGUUUUGUCGCUUUUUACGGCCGUUCACGAGCGAUCUGAGGCGAGCCGUGUUGUCUACACUUGCAGUUAGAACGGCUGAAGUAGCUGGACGUGAUGCCAAACGUGUGAGUGAGGAGAGAGUUGAUGAAAUUCGAAGAAGAAAGUUGAGUGGAAAGUUGGAGAGAGUCAAUAGGAUGAUAGGGGAUCACAGCUUUGGGAGACCGUUCGCUGUGGUGCAUUUAGGAGGCACUCAACAUAAAAUCACAGCAGAAGAUACUAUCGUAGUCAACAAGCUUCACGUUGAACCAGGAGCUCGGAUUCUUCUCAACAAGGUAUUGCUUAUUGGCACCAAACAUUUCACUUUGGUUGGACAGCCAUUGGUCUCGAAAGACGUUGUGAGUGUAGAAGCGACCGUGACGGAGCAAACACGGACAAAGCGGAUCAUUGUUUUCAAAAAGAAACGACGCAAAAACUAUAAGAGAACACGAGGCCAUCGUCAGGACGUCACAGUGUUGAGAAUUAACCGCAUUGACUUACGGCCACAUCUAAAAUAGACGGUCAUGAAGAUGAGUGACAUCUACUUGACAACAGUUUGUCAUCACGUGACAACAGACAUGUCACGUGACAACAGAUAUGUCACGUGGCAAGGUCACGUGAUCAUACAGUUUUAUUGUACAUCGUUUUGCAUGUGUGAUUUGCACGAAUUUGGAUGCGCGUGUACAGUAGGCAGCUGUUGUUUUCAAUGACAACGAGUCUGGAUG